AUGCAGAUCCCGGGUUGUUGCAGCGACCGGCCCACUCACGCCUUGGCCGAACUCCCCGAGCAAACCACCUCGGUCCAGCGACAUGACAAUGACAACAAGUACCUCUUCCCAUCCAACUACGUCGUGGGGGCUGCCUCCUCAGCGCAGGUCAUGGUUCACCUGUGCAGUCUGUUCUUUCGGCCGCCCGGCACCGGCACCAUCAUGGCCGGCGCCGCCACAGGGGCCCUUCUCCUAGGCCUCUACCUCCGUGUGCGGCCAGCCCUGGUGGACCUGAGACCGCUACCCGUUGAUCACCAUGUGCUGCACGCGCGGACCCGGGACGCCGCCUCACCCACGGAAAAGGCGCCGCCGUACCGCCUCGACGAGUUUCCGGGCGGGAGGCAGGUCCGGACCUCGUACGGCACGAUGCAGAUCUUCGAAUGGGGCCCGGAAGAGGGCGAAAAGGUGCUGCUGCUGCAUGGCAUCGGCACGCCCUGCAUUGCUCUGGGCGACAUGGCCCGCGAGUUUGUCGCCAAGGGGUGCAGAGUCAUGCUGUUUGAUUUGUUCGGAAGAGGAUACUCGGAUGCCCCAGCUGAUCUGCCCUAUGACGAUCGUCUGUACACCUCACAGAUCCUCCUCGCGCUGUCCUCGUCCCCCCUUGCCUGGACUGGCCCCUCGGCCUUCCACAUUCUCGGCUUCUCCCUCGGCGGCGCCAUCGCGGCCUCCUUUGCCGCGUACCACGCACACCUGCUGCGGUCCGCCACGCUCGUGUGCCCCGGCGGCCUCGUGCGUCCUGCGCGCAUCUCCCGACGCAGCCGGCUCGCGUACAUGCCGGGCGGCCUGCUGCCCGAGUGGCUCAUCCAGCGCCUCGCCCGCGCGCGCCUGCGCCCGUCGCCCGCGCACCACACGAGCGUCGACGUGCCCGACGACGCCGAAGUCGACUUUGACGCGGUGCUGGUCGCGCCAGGAGGCCCCACGGUCGGCGCCGUCGUGCAGUGGCAGUUUGACGGCAACGACGGCUUCGUGCCCGCCUACGUGAGCACAAUCCGCCACGCGCCCGUGUAUGCCCAGCACGAGGCGCUGUGGCCGCUGCUGGCCGAGGCGCUGGCGGUCCGGAGGCGCGGGCCUGCCGCGGAGGGAAGUCGGCCGUCGGGGCUGUCGACGGGGCGCGUAUGUCUCGUUGUGGCGGAGAAGGAUCCGAUUGUCGUGGCGGCCGAGUGUGUCGAGGACGCACGCGCCGUGCUUGGUGUUGACGCUGUGGAUGCGCAUGUCGUCAAGGGAGGCCAUGAGAUUGGCAUCUCGCGGGGUAAACAGAUUGCCAACAUUGCCAUGGAAUCUUGGACCAAGUUCAGAAACGAAUAG